AUGGUGAAGUGUUCUCUCGUGGAGUGCAGCGAGGAUGGAACACAGCGUGAGGCACAUGCCAGGGCCUGUUAUCCCAAACAAGACCCUGAGCGAGGUGGCACUCACAUGAUCUCCACGGAUGACCUGGAGUACCCGCGGGAGUACCGGACGCUCGGCAACAGCGGCCGGCGCUUCUCCAACGUGGGCCUGGUGCACACCUCGGAGCACCGGCACACGGUGACGGCGGCCCAGAGCCUGGAGGCCCUCACCAACCUGCACAAGGCCGACAUGGAGCGUAAGCGGGACGCCUUCAUGGACCACCUGAAGAGCAAGUACCAGCAGCAGCAGCAACAGCAGCAGCAUCAGCAGCAGCUGCAGCAUCAGCACCACAACCCGCCCUCGCCCUCGCCGUCGCACGGCAGCAUGAGAGGGAGCUCGGAAAGGGCUGCGAGAGAACAGCAACAACCCAACUACUGGAGCUUUAAGAGCCGCAGCCCUCGCCAUUCCCAGUCCACCCAGUCUGGCCUCGCCGACCAGGCCACCAAGCUCUCCUACGCCUCCGCCGAAUCCCUGGAGACCAUGUCCGAGGCCGACGUGCCCAUCGGCUUCAACCGGAUGAACCGGUUCCGCCAGAGCCUGCCGCUGUCGCGCUCCGCCAGCCAGAAUAAGCUACGAUCUCCAGGCGUGCUGUUCCUGCAGUACGGCGACGAGACGCGCCGCGUGCACAUCACCCACGAGCUGAGCAGCCUGGACACGCUGCACGCCCUCAUCGUGCACAUGUUCCCCCAGAAGCUGACGGCGGGCAUGCUCAAGUCGCCCAACACGGCCAUCCUGAUCAAGGACGAGGCGCGCAACGUCUUCUACGAGCUGGAGGACGUGCGCGACAUCCAGGACCGCAGCGUGAUCAAGAUCUACCGCAAGGAGCCCAUCUACGCCUCCUACCCGGCCGCCGCGCAUCUGGCCAACGGCGACCUGCGGAGAGAGAUGGUGUACUCGUCCCGCGACUCCUCCCCGACGCGCCGCCUCAACACGCUCCCCUCCUCCUCUUCCGGCUCGCCGUCCCGCUCCCGCCUCUCCUACGGCGGGGGCCGCCCUCCGUCCUUCGCCGGGCCCCACGAGCAGGCUCGCCACCCCCCACCACCCGUCGGUGGCCACGCGGGCCUCUCGCCCUCGCCCAGCGCCAUCCUGGAGCGCCGCGACGUCAAGCCGGACGAGGAGGUCUCGGCCAAGAACUUGGCGCUGAUGAAGAACGAGUCUCUGUACGCCGACCCCUACAGCCUGAUGCACGAGGGCCGCCUCAGCAUCGCCUCCACGCAGUCGCUGGCCGCCAUCGGCGACCCGUUCAGCUUCCCCGUGUCGGCGGGGCUGUAUCGCCGCGGCUCCGUGCGCUCCCUCAGCACCUAUUCCGCGGCCGCCCUGCAGGGGGAGCUGGACGACUCCCUCUACAAGCCCGGGGGGCCCCUGUACUCCGACUCCUACUCGGCCACCUUGGGCAUGGGCUUCCGCAUGCCGCCCUCGUCCCCGCAAAAGAUCCCGGACAUCCACCUGCGGGACAGGGACUCGUACUCCGGCUCACCCAGCAGGGCCUCGCCCGUCAGGCAGAGCUUCCGCAAAGACUCGGCCUCCUCCUCCGUGUUCAUGGACAGCCCCAAGUCCAGACCUAAUUCCGGCUCUGAGCCUCUGUGCCUGACCGCUGGACCCGGGGAGGGCGGCAGGGCCACGCCAGGGUUUGGUUCUUCUCUGUCUGGACCGGACUCUGAUGCCAGCAGGGAUCAUCGUCUGGAGCGCAUGGAGGCCAUGGAGAAGCAGAUCGCCAGCCUGACCGGUCUGGUCCAAAGCGUGCUGACCAGAGCGCCGGACAGUGACAGCACAUGCGGCCUGCUGCGUCUCUGCAUGAUGGCGGGCUGCCCCCCGGACCAGGGAGCCGACUUCUCACGGACAUUACCUUUCUCUUCCAGCGACAAGACCGACACCAACAGCGACGGCUCCGCCACCGGAACAGGACGGCUAAAGAAGAAAGCUCACACUCCGUCGGCGCCGCUGGCCCUGAUGCCGCCGCCGCCGUCCAACUCCACGCCGCUGAACAACGUCAGCCGCCUGCAGAUGCAGCUCCACCUGCACGGCCUGCAGCAGAACGCCAACGACCUGCGCAAGCAGCUCAGCCAGCUGCGUAAGACCCAGCUGGAGAACCAAGACUCCAUGCGCACGAUGCUCAAGCGGACCGAGGCGGAGUUGAACGUGCGCGUGGCCGACGCCCUCAGGAAGCAGGAGGAUCCUUUGCAGAGACAGCGCCUCCUAGUGGAGGAGGAGAGGCUCAAGUACCUCAACGAGGAGGAGCUCAUCAUCCAGCAGCUACACGACCUGGAAAAGUCGGUGGAGGAGAUCCAGAAGGAGUCGGCUGUCAACCGCAAGCUGGUGAGCGUGCAGGAGCUGGAGGAGAAGAGCGCCGUCCUCCGAAAGCUGGGAGAGACGCUCACCGAGCUCAAGAAUCAGUUCCCCAGCCUGCAGAGCAAGAUGAGGGUGGUGCUGAGGGUGGAGGUGGAAGCCGUCAAGUUCCUGAAGGAGGAGCCGCACCGGCUGGACGCCCUGCUGAAACGCUGCAAGACCAUAACGGACACCCUCAGCACCAUGCGGAAGCAAGCCAACGAGGGGGUGUGGAAGAAGCACGAGGACUUCUCUAAUCCGUCAUCCAAGCACAACGAGGACCUGAGAAAGUUCUCGGACUUUGACCUGCAGAGCGGCUCGCCGCUGAGCAUCAACGACCUGGGCGGGGGGAACAGCCUGUCCAACUGGAGCCCCCACACCAGCCUCAACCGGCGCCCUCACAAGGACAAUCACCCGCCCGUUCCUCACAAGGGCAAAGCCCUGGAGGAGCUGGAGCGCCGCACCGCCGCUGAUAAGGCUCUAUCCGUGGAGGUCCGCCUGGCGGCCGAGCGGGACUGGGAGGAGAAGCGGGCCAGUUUGACCCAGUACAGCGCUCAGGACAUCAACCGGCUGCUGGAGGAGACCCAGGCCGAGCUCAUGAAGGCCAUUCCCGACUUGGACUUUGCCGCUAAGCAGAUCAAGACCUCUUCUAACGCGCCCUCGUCCCAGAACCCGCAGACCGCUCAGAGCGGGGCAGCGACCCCCGAGCACCGCGCCAACAAGCCCCAGCAGAAGAAAGAAGCGGGGACCAGGCUCGGCUCUGACGAGCUGACGGUGCCUCGCUACCGCACGGAAAAACCCUCCAAGUCUCCUCCGCCGCCGCCGCCCAGACGCAGCUUCCCAUCGUCUCCAGGCCUGACCACCCGCAGUGGGGAGACCCUGGUUCCGGGGAAAAGUGUCAAGAAGUCCGAUUCUGAAGAGGCGGAGAGCCAGAAGCCUCACAUGAAACUGAGGAGGACCGUGUCGGAAAAUCCUCGUCCCGCAUCCACACCUCCCACGCUGUCCGGGGACAAGGUGGACGGCGAGCAGGAGAGAACCUCUGGCCAGUUGGAGGGCAGACCUUUGUGUUCUGGUGUCAUUUUGACUAACUGUUCGCCCCCUGAGGAUCCUGUCAGAGAUUUGUCCCCCUGUCCUGUAAAAACAAAGCCUUCGCCGCUCAGCACCGCUCAGCGAGAGUUAAGGAUGCAACAUUCCUUCUCCUCCGAGGAAGAAGAGAAACAGGAAGUGACUCUGCUCCUCACAGAGCUGGAGAUGAGGGCGCUCUCUCCUUUAGAAGCACAGGAGCUCAGCGGCGCCAUGGGAGUCAUUUUGCAGAGCCGGACUAUCUCCGCCGGUGCGGAGCUCUCAGACGUCCACUUGAGCGAGCGGCCUCUGCUGCUGCUCUUUAGGGAGGAGACCACGAUCAAGGACGCCUACAAGCUGCUGCUUGGCCUCCUGGAGUCCUCUCAUCCCCAGCCGAAACCCAGGAGAACGUCCUCCGUGGCUCGCCCGAGCCAGCGGAGCUCCCUGGUGACCGCUCUGAGGAGAGGGGUGGAGACCGGGGAAGUGGUUCUCCGACUUCAACACGGCGCCGGCGCCGAGGGUCCACCGGAUUCUAGCUCGGCUCAAUCGGGAGAGAAUGUCCGCCGCAGCACCUACAAGAGGCUGGACAGCUUGGAGGAGACCAUUCGCCAGUUGGAGAACACCCUGAUCGAGAUCAGCGGCGGUUCCGGUGCAGAGGAGCUCCCACCCGAACCCGCCAGGAGGAAGCCGGCGGUUCCGCCCAAGCCGACAUCGAGCCAGGUUCAUUUCUCCUUUCAGCAGCAACACUCUGCCUGCCCGCUGUCAGCGGAGAGUGUGGCGUGCGACUCUCGGGCCUUUUUUAACGGCGAGGCGGGCACGGGUCCCGCCGAGAAUCUCAUGCACGACGUGGGAGGAAAUGGCCUGGCCCCCGGCAAGGUCCCGCCCCCCACGGCCACCAAGCUGAAGCACCUGCAGCACAACAGCAUGGACAAAUACAAGAGCGGCAAGAGGGAGGACUUCCUGAAGAGCCAAGGCCAGCAUCAGCAGGGGACCGCACCCAACCAACUUUUUAGGACUAUUUUUCCCCUCCCUUCCACCCCCGACCCCCGACCUCAUCAUGUGUCCUGCUCUGACCUGAAGGCCUCGGGAGGCGUCAGCGUCGAGCCGUACUUCUCCGGGAUCAAAACGGGCCUCCCCGGCCGCCCCAGGAAGGCGGACGGCACGGGGCCGUCCCUGAGGGCGUCCCCCGGCCAGGCCAAGGCGCUGCUGGCCAGCCUGUCCGCCGCCGGCCUGAGCGCCGAGGCCCUGCUGCUGUCCUCCGCCCUGCGCCAGCACCGCCUCCUCCGCGAGCAGCAGCAGCGAGCCUCCUCCCUGCCGCCCCCCAGCAGCCGCUCGCCCUCGCCCGCCUCCUCGUCCUCCCAGACGCCCACCGCCACCCUCUCCUCAUCUUCCUCGCCCACCACGCCCAUCUUGUCCCCCUGCUCGCCCACCUUCGCCAAGGCCAACGGCCCAAUUCUGGAGGGCCUCAGCGGCUGCAAGAAUGGACGAUGA